AUGGAAAAGUUAACAUCGUUAGACCACGAUAUCCACAUGGACAUCGAAAAAAUCAUUCACGAGACAGAACAACCAAAACGUGACCCAAAAACAAUCAAACCAAACGAAAAAACAGUCGUCUGUUCACAUUGGCUCCGUGGCUCAUGCAAACUUGGUAACAACUGUGGGUACCUUCAUGAGUACGACUUGGACAAAACCCCAAUGUGCAACCAUUUCGAGAAAUACGGAAAAUGUGAUAAGCCGGAGUGCCCUUUCCGUCAUGAAGCUCCAAGUAACAGUCCAAAGUGUGAGUGGUACAUCAGAGGGUUUUGUUCCCGUGGGAAGAAGUGUCACAACUUACAUCCAAAGAAGUUGUUAUGUCCUUUAUAUUUCAUGGGAUUUUGUCCAUAUGGAAAGCAAUGCAAAUACUCACACCCAUCCCCGGCUCCUAUGAGAGAUAAUGAUCGCCCAAAAAUGCCAAAUAAAGAACAACAACAACAGUGA